AUGGCAAUUUUUGCUUCCGCAUCAGGCGAUUCUGGCCUUUUGGCACGCACAUUUGGAAAUCCAAAGAUGACUACCUCACCUGUCACAUUCAUCCUUACAAUAGUCGUUCUCACCUGUCUCAUCACGCGCAUCCGGACUGGGUUCCAGAAUAAAAGACAAUCCGUAUCAAAUCCAGAGCCCAAGGAGAUUGCCGUCUUGCCUUAUUGGGUUCCCUGGUUCGGACAUGCAAUACCGUUUGUAACACGAUUUCAAAACUUUCUUGCAGAUGCCAGCAAGUCCACCAAGGAUGGCGUUUUUCAUCUAAUUCUCGCCGGCACCGUCCACAACAUUGCCAUUCCCCCAAGCGUAGUCAAGCAAAUUCUCCUGCAGAAAUCUACCAUCCUUUCAACCAAUGACUUCUCCAUCCGCCUUAUGGAGAACUUCUUCGGCAACCAAGGCAGUAUCCGAACGGCAGAUCCAGCCGGCGUCUUCGGCACAGCGCAUCAAGCCCUCUUUAAACUGACCCGCGAACCCUUUGUCUCCAACGCAGCAGCCAGCACUGUCCGCGUUGUUCAAGAGCGAAUCUACAACCUAGUUUCAUUCUCCCACAGCUGGGUCGACCAAAGCAUCUGGGAACGAGUCGCCAACAUCACCAUCGAUCCGUCCGGCACCUCCGCCGUGGCCAGUUUCUUCCCACUGAUUCGCUAUUUCGUCGGCGACUUCGCCUGCGCCAUCCUAACCGGUCAAGACUUCAUGACCAACAACCCCAACGUUCUCCACGACAUCUUCACCCUCGACGCGUCAUUCAACAAACUCCUUGCCGGACUCCCCUGGUGGUUCCCCGGCAUAGCGCCCGCCUACGCCGCCCGAAGGCGCCUUAUUCAAGCCGUGCGCGAGCACCAAGAAGCCCUCUACGCCGUCUGGGAGGACCGCGAUCCCGGUUCCGGGUGGAGCGACAUGUCGGAUGUCUCGAACGUGAUGGUUGAGCGCGCCAAGGCCUGGCGCAGCAUCUGCGCGGAGCCGGAUUUAUCCUCCACGAGCGACCUGGCCAUAGUGUGGGCCAUGAACGUAAAUGCCAAUCCAAUCAUCUUCUGGGCCCUCUGGCACAUCUACCAGGACCCUACAUUGUGCUGCGAGAUCCGAGCCGAAAUCGCCCCCCACGCCAUCUUAUCAUCCAUCCACUCCGACCUCCCCGUCAAAGAACCUCCAAAACUAACCAUCAAUCUCGAUGCCCUCAUCCACAAAUGCCCCCUCCUGAAGGCGACCUACUUCGAAACUCUCCGGCUAGAAGCACAAUCAACCUCCUACAAAGCGGUGCUUGAAUCCUUCACCGUCACCGAGUCCGCCGAAGACGCCGCCCUCGACGGAAAGAGCCAGCCCCAAACCUACAAGUUCAAAAAGGGCAGCCACAUCUGCAUCCCACACGGCGUGCACCAGAUGGAUGACCGGUACUGGAAGGACCCCAAGAGGUUUAAUCCGCGCCGUUUUUUCGUCAGCGUCGAUAAACGCACCGAUAAGAAGGACGAAAGUGAUGAUGAUGAAGAGGAGGGCCUUUCCGCAGAGAAGACGGCGGUGGAUGUGGGAACGAUGAAAGUCUUCGGCGGUGGGCCGAGCAUGUGCAAAGGCCGCAACUUCGCUGAGAGGGAGGUGCUGACUUGUGUGGCGGCGGUCUUGGCCUCGUGGGAUGUUGAGCCGGCGGAUGGGACAGGCAGGUGGACCGAUCCCGGCAGGGUGUGGGGGAGUGGAACGUUUGUGCCGAGGAGGGAUGUUAGGGUCCGCAUGAAGAGGAGGGAGGUCUGA